GGCAGUUUAGUUUAUCAGGUCAUCCUUAUUUCAGUAGCCAAUUCUGAAUCUGACAACACUGCUGAGGACGACUUAUACAUAAUCAUAAGAUUGCCAAUUGGUGCCCCUCCUCACCACACCAGUAUGAAGGGACUCAGUGGAUUUGGUUUGGCAACCACUCUGCUCCUCGCUAUUUUAGGUCAUGCAUCAGGACGAGUAACUUUCACAACAAGACUUUGUAGAAUCAGUGGUCUCUCAGAAUCCACUCCAAUUGGUACUUCAAUAAUUGCGAUUGAGGCUCACCAUGAUAGGGGUCUUAGAGUUCAAUUUGAAUUAGAGAAUACAGAUGCAUUUUCUAUUAUCCGAGUUAGAUACAGCAACACUGGCGGUAGUAUAGUAAUAAUUGGGCCACAGCGAAGACUAGAUUAUGAGGAGGACAACAAAUUGUCGUUUGUAGUGAAGGCGUUUGUCUCCGCUAACGAUUUUGAUCAACUUUCAUGCUCGGUUCUCCUGCAAGAUGAGAAUGAUGAGCUGCCCUAUUUCACCAAACAAACAUACCUCACGUAUCUUCCUGAGAAUCCUGCCAAUGGUACCGUUGUUUUUCCUAUCAUUGAAGUGAAGGAUAAGGAUUUUUCUAACGCUCCGUUGCGUGUGGAAUGUGAGAAAACUGCUCAGUCCGUAGCUGACCUCAAGCCUGGCCAUCUCCAUCCAUGUGAUAUCUUCUCCAUUGUGACCAUCAGGCGCUCCAAUCAAGACUGGCUUGGUAAAGUCAUUGUCCCUAAUGGGAAUUUAAUCGAUUAUGAGAAGUUUAAAAAAAGCGGCAGCAGUCAGACAACUCGGGCGAUAUAUUCAAUUCCAGUCAAAGCCUUCGAUGGUAAGAACAACAAUACUGAGGCUCUUUUGGUGGAAAUAACUGACCAGCAAGAUAAACCUCCAGUUAUCGACCCUUCUCACGCCAUCAAAUCGGUCAAGGAGAACGUAGCGAUUGGAUAUAACGUUUAUGACAUAGUAGCCGCAGAUGGUGAUACUGGAGCACCAAGACAGUUAUGUUACCACAUUAUAUCCGGGACUGGGAAAGAUUAUCUCAUUAUCAGUGAUGAGAGAAAACCCGCAAUUACAAUCAGUCAACAUCUCGACCGGGAAACCAUUGGUAAUUCCAUUUCUGUCCUCUUCAAGGUGAGUGAAGUCAUUCCAGCAACGAACAAGUGUGGUACAGGGGCAGAUGAGGUUGCUACUGGUACUCUUCAGGUCAACAUCGUGGACGUAAACGAUAAUGCACCGUACUUUGACCCGGAUCGGAUGGUGAUCAAGAUGUCUGAAAGUCAGGAUGUUAACAGCGAUAUUACUGACCCAAGUAUCAAGUCAUUUGACAAGGACACGGGUGAUUAUGGACGAUAUGUUGUGUCUAUCACAAGGAAUAAUGAUAUUUUCGGCAUUACUAACCCAAACGUAUCUCAAUCUGGCAUUCACUAUAUCAAACUGAAAAAGAAGUUGGACUAUGAUGAUCCUAACACCCCCAAAACAUACAUUUUGCCGCUAUUAGCAAAAGAGACGUCGCCAAAUUACAAAACUGGCACUGCUUCUGUGACGAUCAUGCUAACAGACUCCAAUGACAACACACCAGUGUUUGGCAAGAGCUAUGAGAAGGCGAUCCCAGAGGAUACGCCUAUGAAUACGUCCAUCAUCACCGUCUCUGCAACUGACAAAGAUUCGGGAGCGUUUGGUCAAGAUGGCAUUGUGUACAAAUUGGAGGGAAUUGGCGAAGAGAAGUUUCAUAUGGAUCCCAAGACCGGUGUCGUAUCAGUGGCAGACUGCUCGCCCGACAAACCUGGAAGUGGCAAGUGUAUCGAUUACGAGGAGACCAGAGAGUACAGACUGACCGUGUUUGCCAAUAACGUUGGUGGUCAAGCUAUAACACCACUAAAGAUUAUAAUACUCGAUGUCAAUGAUAAUAGACCAUACUGUGUGCGUCCAAGUUAUGAGUCAGACAUGCUCGAGACUAGUUUGUAUCCUGAUCCUCCUCUGGUUGUCGCCGCCAAGGAUGCAGACAGCAACAAGAAUGGUAACAAUGCCAUCCAAUACAGUAUCAUCAGUGGCAAUGCAGCCAGCUACUUUGACAUCUCCUCAACUGGCAACAUUACUGCCAGAAAUCUUAUUGAUUUCGAAUCUGCACCAAAUGGUGGAGUAUUCCGGAUGAUAGUUCAAGUAAGAGAUGCCAAGUUUAGUAGCCAGUGCCAAGCUGUCGUCACUCUACUGGAUGUGAACGACAACACGCCAGCAUUUGAUAACCUCAACUAUGAGCAGUCGAUACCUGAGACCACUCCCCCGGGGACUUUCGUCCUGACCGUCUCGGCUUCUGAUAAGGACUUGAAAACCUCAUCCAACGGAAAGAUCAGGUAUCGCAUUGAGCUCGGUGCUGCUGGAAAAUUCCAAAUUGACCCUCUUUUAGGAAAUAUUACGGUAACAGGAGGAGCCUCAUUUGAUUACGAUAACAAAAAGCAAUAUUUAAUGAAGGUUGUUGCCAAAGACUUGGGCUUCCCUGCAAAAACGGGUACAACCUCUGUCACGAUCAAUAUCCUUGACCGCAACAACAAGUCUCCACUUCUCCUACCAUCGACCAUCAGGGAGAGUAUCCUUGAAAAUGCUACUGUUGGCACUUGCCUGACGACCCUGAAGGCACAAGACCCCGACUCCAAUGCCAGCUUGGUGUACGAUUUUGAUCUCUCCAGGAUGAAGGCGUACCUAGCAGGUCGUGUCCAAGUCAAUAAGACCCCAGCGUUUGAUUUUACAAAACUGAUUGGCUUGAAUCGGACGACUGGCGUAGUGUGCACGACUCUGCCGUUAGAUUACGAGAAGGCUGCUGAACUUGAGAUCCCUAUCGUGGUGACGGAUAUUGCUGCUCCUACUCUCCAAACUGGAACAGGAACAUUGUAUCUAAGGAUUUUGGAUAUCAAUGAGCACGACCCUGUCUUCAUUGACACUGAGAAGUUAUCGUUCCCUCACUACAACAUCACCCUCCAGGAGGAGCUCCCGCUCAAUACAUUUGUUGUCACGAUGGUUGCCACGGAUGUUGACAGUCCUCAGAUAUCAGCAUACAAGAUGAUUGAUGAUGACAAUGGCUUUUUCGGCAUUCAAACAAGAACAGGUGUCGUUACCAUCAAGAAGCGCGUCGACUAUGAAAAGAUUAAAAAACUGCAGUUCUCUGUCAUGGCGUAUGACGUGGGUGUUCCAAUACGAUCAGCGAGUGCCACUGUGUUUGUAUCCGUCAUCAACAUGAACGAUAAUGUGCCACAGUUCAAUCAAUCUGAUUACAGAUCAGUUAUCCAAGAGCACUCUCCAGAAGGGACCUAUGUCACUACAGUUUCCGCGUCUGAUCUUGAUUCUGGUGAUUACGGAGUCGUCCGCUUUAGUAUGACGGACCCGAGAUUCGUAGUCGACAACAUUACCGGUGUCAUCACAGUCGCCAAAGGUGCCGUGUUGGAUCGUGAGCUCACUCCAGUUAUCAAUGUGAAGGUGGCCGCCUGGGACAGUCCAUUGAAAGCUCAGGGGAGAAACUUUAAUUAUGUCUCUGUGGUGAUUACUCUACUCGAUAUCAAUGACCACCCUCCCAAGUUUGAUGAGCAGAACUAUUACGCCCAGAUCACAGAAAACAUCCCAAUAACCUCGUCGGUCCUUCAGCUUCGGGCAACUGAUGGAGACAAAACGUGCAACUGUAUCAAUGCACAGAUCAAGUAUACUAAGAUCCCUAAUACUGGUGAUGUAAAAGACUUCUUCAAUGUGAAUGGCACCACUGGUCGAAUCACCGUCAAUAAGUCACUGAUUGGGGAGUCUUAUUCCCACCGUUUUAAUGUCAUGGCACGAGAUGGCUUUGGCAGCGGGAAGUUUAGUGUGUCAGCAUCGGUUACGAUCAGUGUCAUUGAUGCAAACAACAAACCACCAGUGUUUGUUCACCCACCGUUGGGGAACUAUACUAUUUCUGUGCUUGAGAACCAGUACCGUGGUCUCCUGGUGUACAGGGUCCGUGCGAAAGACCCUGACAGCGACUUGAACAGCCCAAUCACUUACGGCUUCCGCGUCAACAACAAAAUGGUGGAAAAAACCAAUGAAUUCCGCAUAAACAACAUAACCGGCCAGAUUCGAGCCCAGCGAGUGUUUGAUCGUGAGGAAACAGAUAAGUAUCUUCUGCACGUGAGUGCUGCCGACCAUGGUGUCCCAUCAUUUGUCACAACCAUCGACCUUGUUGUACUCAUCUUGGACGUUGACGACAACCUACCCGAGUUCCCAAGAUUCAGAAAUGGAUCCGUCUUGCCAUACCAGUUCUCAGUGGGAGAGGAUGCAAGGCCAGGCUCUCUGGUUGGUAUCAUUGAAGCUACAGACAAGGACACCAAGGCUAGCACAGCCAUCAAGUACUCGAUCGUCAAUGGCAACAUCAGGGAUACCUUCAGGAUUGAAAACAGGGACAACAAAGGCUAUAUCUACAUCAACAAGAUCGUCGACAGGGAGGACAUUUCAAAUUUUGAACUGUUGUGUCGGGCAUCGAACCGUGCAACAAGCUUUUCCCUCAACACUGGGAGAAAGAAGCGGGCCGUGGAAGAUGCUAGCGCCACCGUGGUGAAGAUACUGGUGACGGAUGUGAACGAUAAUGCACCUCAGUUUGAACUCCCCGACUACAGGUCUUGUGUCACUGUAGAUGCUCCUUUUGGUAAACCAAUCCUGGAUGUAAAAGCACACGACAAGGACACAGGCCAAGCGGGGAGGGUGUUCUACAUGCUGCGUGACAUUAAGAACAUUCGCCAAGAUGGUCAGUCUACCCAGAGACAGAAAGCAUUCAUUGUCAGUCAACUCAAUGGCACCAUCUAUACGAAUGCUUUAUAUAACCAGGAUGGCAAGUCUUACUUUGAUAUGCAGGUCGUUGGUUACAAUAAUGACUCCACCAAAACAGAAGGUACCAGCAGUGCUAGGGUUUAUGUGACAGAGUCGGCCACAAGGGUCAAAGUCAGCAUCAACCGGUCACCAGAUGAGGUGAACCGUUAUAUCAAGGAUUACAAGAGGGUUAUUGCUGAGUCGCUGAAAUCAAAGGUUGUGUGCGUGGAAGCAACGCGAUAUCAUAUCAAUGCAGAAAACAUCAUUGAAGUUGACAAAGCUGACUUGAUUGUGCAUGUAGUGGACAUGAACCAGAACUCGAUCUACCCUGCUAGUGAUGUCGUCGAAAUGAUGAAAGCUGCUUCUGAAAAAGCCCUCCUCUCAGAUUACAAGGUCCUCUUCAUCUUUGAUAUCAAUCCUGUGGAAGUAAAGGAGUCGGAGAUGACGCUGCAUCCCGUGUUUAUCAUCAUGUGCAUCAUCGUGGUCAUCCUCAUCGUGGCCCUCGUCCUCCUUGGCCUCAUCUGCUUCUUUCUGAACAGGCAGUACAAGAGGGAGAUGAGAAAGGCAAAAUAUGUGAAUGACGGUCCAAUGGCCUCCACUCCAGGAGGAACUGUGAAUCCACUUUGGAAAGAGAGAAUGGACAAGGACUCUGGAGUAUUCGUGAACAAGGCCUACGAACCUGAUAUGUGAGGGUCAUUUAGAGACAGUCAAGUUAUUGAGCAUUCAAUAGGUGGAGCUUCACUCCAUCAUCAAACAUGUCAAGAUAAUUACUGGCUGUGAAUGAUUCAGUAUAUACGUUGACAGCUGUCUCACCUAUGGUACAGCUCAUUAACUUGAUUCUGAUGAGCCUAGUACAUGUAAUAUAAUCUUUAUGUAAACUUUGUAAACAUUGUUCAGUUGCUAUUAUUCAUUAAUAGCUAUAUGUGAUAGAACUUUGCCUAUGGUUGUUUGUGAGUGCUGUAUUAUACAGCUGCUUUUGUAAGAAAAGGCAGUUUCAACCAUGUACAUAAUGUGCCAUAAUGAAUGAUGUAAUCAAUGUUGUUCUCUGAAAACCUUACAAACAAUAAAUUUAGGUUUUGGAAGUUUUAAAUAUUUUCUUGAAAAUAUGAUAUGAUAAUACUAUUGAGAUGCUGUGAUAUAAGUUUGAUACCAAAUUAUCCACCGUCCAAGCCAUGACAGGUAUGCCAUAUUUUAUACACUUUAUUACUUUACAAGUUGUUAGGUUUACAUUAGUUGACAGUUACUUAUUUAUGAUGAACCUGUUGUAGCAUAUCACGAUGUAGCUUUGGUUCUAAUGCAUAAAGCAUUGUACCAUGUUUUGCCACGACAGUCUUGUUUUUUCAAUCCAGACUUGCUGAAAUUGGAGAAUUUUUGUCCCUCAACUUAUUUUCCGAUAUAACGGAUUGUGGAUAACCUUUUCGAAGUUUUCUAUUUAUUUAUAAAAAUAUAUUCUUGUAGGAUUUAGACUUUAUAAAUUUACUUUUUGAAA